AUGCACGGCAUGUUCGUAUUGGGAAAAGAGCGAAGAAAGGGUAAAAAGGGCCCCAAGUUGACCAAAGCCCAAAAAGCAAAACUAAAGCUUGAGGAGGAGGAGAGAAGGUUGCGAGAAGAAGAGGAGGCUCGGAUUCAAGCGGAGAGAGAAGAACAGGAAAGGUUGGAAAGGCAAAGAAGACAGGAAAUCUUGGAUAAACUCGAAGAAAAGGACAGCAAACGCAGAGGCGGCGAGCUGGGAGAACUCCGUUCCCUGCUGGCAAAAAAUUAUUUUGCUGUGAAAAAGCAUAAAAACGAUGUUGCACAAAUGACCAAGUGGGACAAAUACAUGAAAUGCAGCGACAUUCCCGACUCGUCAGUUCAGCAAGAAGUGAACACUUUCAUCAGUUUGUGGCACGAUAACCAGGAAUGCAGCGCCAAGACCGUAUUCAAGCAGUGUAAAGUCGCUUUACAGCUUAUCGAAGAAACUGAAACACUGCUCAGGGAGGUGACCAACGAGAAGCACAUCGCUAAAUACUUGGAGGCUCUCUUGGUUCUGCAGGACAUUGUUUACACCAAAAUUCUCAACAUUAGCAUGGAGAUAUUAAAGGAAGCCGGCAACAACAUUGACACCGAGACGGGCAACAUGCAAGCUGUGAUUAAAGACGACAACAGCACACUGUGUCUAUGGGCCAACCUCAUGAGGAAUCCCAGAUUUAAACGUUUAACUUUCAAAGGCGUGGGCCUUGGCUUUGAGCUGACCAAACAGCUGGCAGCGAGCAACAUCGCCCUGCGGGUCCUCCACACCAGCUACGACCACCUAUCCUUAGUGUGCAGGUUGACUCACAUGAAACCCACCACGGCCCCCCGCAGUUUGCUCACCGUAUUCGAAGACGUUCCGCCGGAGGCGACCGUCAAGCAGGAUGACGAGACCCCAGAGGAGACUCAAGAUGUGGAGGAGGCACAGCAGGAUGAAGAGACUGCCAAGGAACAUGAGCAGGACAAAAUUGUGGAAGAGGAAUUUAUAUCAGAAAGACUGUCGGAAGAAACUAUGAAUUCAGAAAGUCAAAUAACACGAUCCAGUAUCCCAAAUUCAGAGGAUGGCGAUAGCCAGUACAUAUCACAGGCGGAGGUCAUCGCAGACGAAAAGACUCCUCCACCGCCACAUGAUGUGACAGAAUACCGCGAGCAUGUCAACGUAGUGGAUUUGAGAAUGUACACGCCCCUGGGAGGGGUCUUCUACUAUGAGCUCUUCCACCUUCCGUCGCAAUCUUUUCAUAUCAAGGGCUGGGAAAUCCAAAAGAUAUCAGACACAGGCUUGAAAGUCUUCAAGUAUGUUGCCGAGAAGCCAAAUCCAGAAGAUGAGGAAGCCGCCUCCACACUUGUCAGCUUGUCUGUGAAACUCCCAGAAUCGGUGGUCUUCCUGGAAACUCCUCAAGUGGCUCGCUGGGAUCCGGAAGCAAAGUACUGGCGAAUGGACGGUAUAAUCGACUUUUCUUACCGUGAACAUGUUGAAGAGGAGGGGGUGCCGAAGGUGGAAAAGGAUGAAGAUGACGAUGAGGAGGAGGAGGAAGAAGAGGAGGAAAGCAGUGGGGGGACAAAGGUCUCCUUCAAAAUGGAGCACUUCUACCCCUUUGUGUUGAUGCAGCGCACCUACGCCAACUUUCCCUUUCGGCGCUGGGAGCUGCGCCCGCUUGGCAAAGACUCAGCUCUCUACAGCAUCCAAGGGGCGCUCAUAGACCUCAGCAUCACUAUUCAGGGGAAUCAGUGCAUGCUGAAAUCGGACCAAGAGUUGGGGCUCACCGAUCUUUUUGACAAGUGGAUGAGCGCGCCCGACCUGCAGCAGGCCAUGCUCAAGGCGGGCAUCAACAUCUUUGUCAACGAGCACACCGAGAAGUUUGUAACCUUCAGUCGCAAGGACCCAAAAAUAGAACACGUUGCUUACGAGCAGAUGGCUCUAUUUGCGUCAGUUUGCACCUUCUCAUGGAGCAAAUGGAAUGCUGAAUGCGGUCCAGAACACUUUGUCGUAAAGCUCUGCGAGCACCAGGGCCUCGAGCAACCGCCCGAAGAUUUGUGGAAUCUCUACCUCGUGGGGCCUCAAAGAUUCCAGAAGUUGGAGAUGAAGGAAACCAGCGAGGUCUUCUGCGCUGACCACCAUCCCGACAGCGAGUUUCAUUCGACCUUCAUUCACAUGAUCCAGGACAACAUGAGCCCCGAGGGGAUAACUCGAACCCGGGAAGCCCACUUCCUCUUCGUCGACACUGUUCAGAGCCUAUUCUGCAUCACCAGGCCGCUCAAGUUUUGCUAA